GCCGUAACCCCUUGCUGGGCCGGGCCUAGGGCUGAAGUUUCAAGCCGGAGCAAGGAAGGAAUUUUGUUUGGUUUAUGAAAUGUAUUAUUCGAUACCCCCUGAUCCUCGAGCGUCAUUUAGUAACCCCUCCUCUCGUGGCCAACUAGAAGCACGUUGCCGUGGCUCUAGGGCCGCAAGAGCGGGCCUGCAGUUCGUUCGUUCCGCGUCGUCCCCGCCAACCGCGAUAGGUUCCGUGAUGCAAACGGAGACCACUGGUUAGCCAGAAAGGAAUUGAAUACAGAGAAUAAGAGGCUUAGAAACUGUUGGAGGGUCCAGCCCUCUAGCAAAGAGGCCCUGAACUCCGAAAAAGUGGCCAGGGUAGCUCCUCACUCCGCCACGGUUGGGAAGGUGAAGGUUCUGAAGGCUGGAACUGCACACCUGUGUAUCUGCAGUCCAGGGACCAGGAAGCCGCCGCCGCCGCCACGUGAGACCGGAGGCGAGGCGCACAGGACCGUGAUGCCCAGUUGCCAUCCCUGCUGCCACUGCUUCUUAACCCGAAGCUGGAGACAAGAUAGUGAAAUGAGGCUGCAGAAAAACCCCAGGAGUAACACUGUGACCUUGCUUGCGGGAAAAUGGCACACAGCAGGAAGAUGACCUCCACCUUACCUGGAUGCUGAUAAUUGGCCCAACUUUUACUCUUACUCCGAUCCCUGGAGUAGUUUUUCACCUGGAAAAUGGAGUUUUCAUCUCUCAGCUUCUGCAAUAUAGAAAAGCAUCCAACUACUGCACAGGUUCAGACCAAGGGAAGAAAAGAGCAGCAAAACUUGAACUGAAUGAAACCCAAAAGCAAGAAAUUAAAGAGGCCUUUGAUUUAUUUGACGUUGAUGGGUCUGGAACCAUAGAUGUGAAAGAACUGAAGAUUGCAAUGCAAGCCUUAGGAUUUGAACCAAAGAAAGAAGAAAUUAAAAGAAUGAUAGCUGAAAUCGACAAAGAAGGAAUUGGCACCAUUACUUUUGAAGAUUUUUUUGCCAUAAUGAGUGUAAAAAUGAGUGAAAAAGAUGAAAAAGAAGAAAUAUUGAAGGCUUUCAAAUUAUUUGAUGAUGAUGAUACUGGAAGCAUAACACUAAACAAUAUCAAGAGGGUUGCUAAAGAACUGGGGGAAAAUAUAACAGAUGAUGAACUUCAGGAAAUGCUUGAUGAAGCUGAUCGUGAUAGGGACGGAGAAAUAAAUGAGGAAGAAUUUUUGAGAAUGAUGAAAAAGACCACUCUUUAUUAAUACUUUUUUUAUUCCUUCUGGAAAGUUGUUAACAACUUUAUAUUUGCUAUACAGUUCCAUCAUAUCUGAAUGUAUUUUCAAGUUUUAGUUUAUAUGCACAAAAUGGUCUCUUGAUGUCUAAUCCAUGUGAGAAGUUACAUGUUUCUACCAAUAUGUUGUUAAAUCUGCAGCAUCAAGAAACAAAGAAAAUGUAAUGAUUUCUGUGAACCAUGGAUCCCAAACCAGUAUUAAUUCCAACUGCUACUUUUAGAGCUCCAGGGUCUGAAGACUUAGAAUUUUUUUAAGUUUAAUGAAACUGACCCCACAUCCAAAUGAAUUUGGCGAACAAGCAAUUAGUUUCCCUAUUAUUUUCUUUUUGUGCAACUCUUUAAAACUGAUAAAUAUUUGCUUUUUAAUCAGUUAUUCAGAUAUGUAAAGUAUUAAAUAAAAUUGCCUAGCAACUACAUUAUUUGCUAGUUUUCCUCUUAUAAAGAAAUUCAAAGCAGUACUUGUACUACCUAGAUUUUCCUGUAAGUUUGACCCUGCAAGUGAGCUUUUAAUACCUCUGCAUGGGAGGUGCUAGGGAUUUUACAUAUGUUAUCUCAAUGUUACAAUUUGGGGAAGCUGGUAGUAUUAGCUCCAUUUUACUACAUAUGAGAAAACUAAAGUUCAGAGGACUUAAAAAUUGUUCAGUUGUUCAUAGAUAAUAAGUAAAACAUGGAUUCUAAAUCUUGUAUCCUUAUGCUUCACUAUGCAGCUUCCCUAUGGAUAAAAUAUCUCAGGAUAAUUUAAGUGUAUAUUUUCUAACUCAUUUAAUAUUACGACUCUUGUAAUUUAACUUUGUUUUGUUUUGUUUUGUUUUGUUUUAUGAAAGAGCCAAACUGUUGGGAAAGGCAGUCUCAAGAUACAGUCUUUUGAUCCCCCACUGGGUCACACAAGACUGGGCCUUGGGCCUAGGAUACUUCUUUACCAAGAAAGAGUCUCUAUAGCUUAUGCUGGAAUUGUCUGUGAAUAUCUUUCCAUUUCAGACUCCAUAUGUACUUUUUUCUGCUUAAGCAUGUGUAUAAUAUGGUGCCUGUGUGUGUAAUAUGGCACCUGGCCAACCCCACUUUGGAAAGGGGAUGUCCCCUUCAGAGAGGGUGGGCUCCUUCUGCAGCACAACAGGAUGGCUGUUUACAGGCCAGUUGCCCUGUAUUGGCUUCUGGGAGGGGCCAGCUGGCCAUGGGAAACCGACUUUCGCUACUGAAACUGAUACUGCUCUGUCUCUUCUCUAUAUGAAUGAAGAAUUUUUCCACCCCGUAGUUGACUGCAUUGUGUUUUCCUUGGCAAUUAAACUGAUACCAAGAUGCACUGGCAGAAGCUCUCAGGUUUCUGCUCCUGAUAAUAGGCAACAGAUGCCACUUGCUGGAUACAAACUCUUCCUAAAUCUAAGUAAUUGUCUUUGGAGCAAGAAAGGAUUAUAGAAAAUGUAACUUUAAUUGCCCCACCUAGUUCAUUUUUAGCU